AAUUAUCAGCGUGCCAGUUUGUAAUCUUUGAUUAUGUACAACGACGCAUAAUCCCAAGUAAAGCACCUUAAGAAGAGGCACCAGGCGUUAGUCGUCAGCUUACUGAAGCUUGGUCUUUGCUUCAAAGUCGUUCUCAGCUACUUACAAGCUAUUCGAGAAGAUUUAACCGCGUUACAAGAUAACCGCAUCUUUUACGCAAGAAAGAGCCGCGAGAGAAAGAAGAGACGAGUUUUGGAUACCUUGCAGUUUUAUGGAUAUCUGGUCAUGGCUGCAGGAAGUGGCUCUGUUGAUCGUAGUGUGCAAAAUAUCAGCAGCAGGCAGUGACUUCCUUGAGAAUAUCCGGCCGAAAGCAGACAAUCCGCAACAACUGAAUGACUUCUUAAAUAACGUUCUCGAUCACAAGAGCGAUUUCUACUUUGUUAAAGAAGUUGCAAGGAAAUAUCAAAAAAUGAAAAAGGACACUCAUCUCAUGGACAGUCUUGACGAAAUUCCUCACUCUUUUGACUAUGACAAUGGUUUUUCUCGUAGAUACAAAUUUGAUAAUAAAAGACACGUUCAUCAUCAUCACAAAAGACUCAAAAAUAUAGGUUUUAUACAACCCGGUUUUCCCCGAAAUAAAGUGCAUCGAAUCAGAAGAGCAAAUUUCGAAGAACAAAACAAAGAAAAACGCACACCGUUGGAAAUAGUAAUGUUAGAAAAACCCCAACAAGAUACAAUCCAUAAACGUAUGCCGGUAGCAACCAGUAUAGAGGAAACAGAAGUCAAAAGAGAAAAACACAUCCCUUCAAACAUAUUUGUAGACCCUGAAGCUGAAAGACUUGAAAAACGCUCGCCGAAAAUAAGCGUUGAAUCUGAGGGUGAAACGGGCGAAAUUAACGCAAAAGGUACUAAAAUAACCACAAAAGAAAAAAAGGAAGCAAUGGACUUCUCAAAUGAACCUGUUCAUAGAACAUACAAAAGUAAUCCAAAAAAUCGUGUACAAAAUGAUAAUAGAAACAAACAAAGUGAUUUCUACUACGUCGAUUUAGGAAAUGCUGCUGAAAAAGCAAUGGAUCAGGAUGAGAGGAGGAAAUAUGGGUGGACACCCGAAAGGCUUUAUUAUCGUUCCGAUGAUAACAGAAUGUACCCCCGGCCAUUUAAUACAAAACCAAACGAAGAAAAUCUUGAUUAUCAUUAUGAAAAUCCUUCGCAUCAUUCGUUGAACGAUGAAAUCGCGUUUGAAAAAGCUCUAAGUUAUGAGCUUAAUCCUAGAUAUGAAGAAACUCGAGGCAAUAACAACAAUCCAGCGGGGAAUAAUUUAUACUCUGUAGAUGAAGGAAGACCUGAUGUUAUAGAAUCGGUUCAUCAUCAAUUGCCUCAAGGUUCUGGAAGAUUCGAUUAUCCAGAUCGAGAACAAGUCUCUAAUGAGAGAUUUUUUCUUAACAGCAAAAACGCCAUGCAUGAGGCUGACAGCACAACUGCUGGUACAACUAGUACUACCAACUCUUUUGAAGACAGUGGCAAAAACGAAGUGAAACAUAUCGGAAACGGAUUUAUCGAAAUAACAAAAACUAAAAGAGAAAUAGAGCAGGAGGGACUGGUAGAUAGUAACGAAAAAAAUGCUAUGUCUUUUAGUGGCGAAAAUGUGGAAGAAAAAAAUAAAGGAAAAACUAAAGACCAAUCAUCGAUAAUGUUUAAACAUUCACUGCAUCCUCUUAGAGUGAGAGAUACAGAUAAGGUGGAAGACCAAUCAGUUUCUGAAACUGGUGAAACUAGUCAAGACGAAACGUUCAAAAGUCGUAAACUGCAAUUUAUUGACGCACAAAUGGCAAAUCUUUACGACCAAGACGAAAAUUACGAUGAUAUGCCGAAUCGGCCCAAGCGUGAUUUCCUCGAUGCUUUGGGUAUGAAGAAUGAAGAAGAUUAUUCCGAAGAUAAUCCGUAUAGAGAUGAAAUGAAUGCUAACAAUACUGAUGUCAAUAAUGAUACACACAUUCACAAGCAUACUACCACCGGACGUUGUGAGGCAAUUAAAACAACUACCCCAUGUCCCCAAAAAGAAGACAUCAAAAACAUUAAAGACAUUUUAGAAGAACCAAAAGGAAUAGCUGCACAAAAAAAGAAGAAAAAGGACAAACGAAUGCAGUUGCAGAAGCGGUUGACACAAUAUGAAGAUUUUGAUGAUUUAUUAGAAAGAAGGAUUAGAGAUACAGACGUUGAAACAAAAGUUUUUGAAAAUAAAGACAAAAUUUAUAAUCCGCACGAGUCCGCCCGUAAUCAUAAAAAUGUCAAUUUUAUUCAAAUGCGACAUGAACGAAUGUUUCCAAAUCGGGCGAAAUAUAGCAAAAAAGAAGUCAAAAAGUCGAUUCCAACUGAUCACCGAAUUCAUAAGAAAGAAGAUACUGACUGUUUAGCAACUCGAGUAACAGAUAUUCCGGAAGUAACAACCGAAGGCGGAAAUUGUUCAUCCAAAGGUUCUGACUAUGAGAAAGUGGCGCAUCAGAUGGAUAUAGAGAACGAGAAAUUGGCUCAGGUGGUGAAUGGACGUCUAGCAUCAAAAAUAGUGUCCACAGUUUUUGAUGAACUGAAGAAAAAGUCGUGUUUGAAGGCAAAAUUUUAUUCGGGAUUGUCUAGAAAACAUGUCAAUUUUGCCGGAACGAUCGAUUUUGAUAUCUUUAAAGCGAACGAAACUGAAGAUGUGAGUGAAGCACGAUUACUUCUUGACCAAAUCACAAAAGUCCUCAAUCGAUUGGUUUUGAAUCAAGUUAGACGCAAGUUGUGUCAGCGUCUGCCUGAAGAACUGAAAGAAUAUCUUGACGUGGUGCUAAAUGUUAAAAAUACAAUCGAAACUAAUAAUUUUGUUCCAAAUACAAACCAAGGCGAUUUCUUAUUUACCUACCAAGACAAUAAAGAUAUUCCUUUCGAUAUGAAUCGAAUCCAAGAAACACUAACCCAGUUGCAGACUCUUCUUUCAAAUUAUCAAAAUUUGAAUGAAGAGUGUCAAAACCGCGCUGAACCCGUUAAGGAGUAUAUAGAGCAGCAUGUGCAAAUGUUGGAAAAAGUAAAAAGUUGUCCGAGUCAUAUUUGUGAUAAAUUCAGCGAAACGAAAAGGGACACUCCAACAUCUCAUGAAUUGGUUGAAAAGCAACUUGAAAGUUUAGGUUUGGGGAAAAAUCACGACUUUGUCCCGAAUUUUGACGUAAACAGAAUGGUGAAAAAUCGAAUGCAGAAUUCGGGUUGGAAGACUGACAAAAAAAGAGAACUUGGAAAGAACGGAGACUUUAAGAGCCGACAAUAUAAAAAAUUGCAACUUGCCGCUCAAAGGGUAAGAGAGAAGAGGGAAAAUGAUAAAAAAAUUGCGGAAUUGUUUGCUGGUAAGAAGAAUAAGAAGAGAUCGGUAAAAAAGCUUGACGUUGAUUUUGAAGAGCCAGUGGUGUAUAGUUUAGGAUAAAUUUUGUUUUUAUACAUUUAUACCAAAUAUAUUUUAUUGCUGAUCG